AUGUUUGUUCAUCGUCUCUGGACACUCAUAUUUCCUUUUCUUGCACAGGCUUCGAAGGCUUCACAAUUACAGAAUAUCAAAUCAUUACUGGAUAUUGAAGACAACGUACUGCCGAAUUUGAAUAUAUCGCAAGAUAACAGUAAUGCAGUGCAAAUUCUCGGCGGUGUGGAUGCUUUAUCUUUGUACGAGUACACAGGCCAGCAGAAUUUUACUAAAGAGAUAAGUCCGGGGACUAAUUCACGUGGACUAGUUUAUUACUCUAACAAUACCUAUAUUCAAGUGGAAGAUGCCUCUGAUGAUACUCGAAUAGACAAGAUCACACCGUUUGGCGCUGAUUCGUUUAUUCUUAGUGGAUCAGGAACCAUAAACAAUAUGCCUAUAGGAAACCAGAUACUCUACAAUUUGUCGACGCUGUCUAUGGCACCGAUAUUUGAUCAGCCGUUAGGAAGCGUCGAGUCUGUGCUUAUAAACGGCACUAGUGUUUAUUUUGGAGGAAAUUUUUCAUAUAACAACGGCUCCAUGACGGGCCAUAGUGCCCUUAUUUGGGACUCUAUAUCAAAUAAAACCCAGCUUUUACCCUUUGGGGGGUUUGGUGAAAACUCCAAUGUGAAUUCUAUCAUCAAACUCAAUGAUGAUAACAUUUUGUUUGCAGGAAAGUUCUAUACAUUGGAUGAUUCUUCGGCACUUAUCACUGCUGGUUCCAAUAACACUACAAAUUCAACGUCCCUGUUGAAUGCUACGAAACUGGAAUUGGGACAGCGAAUUCCAUUAAGAUACGCCACCUGGGAUUUUCAGGGCAGUACAACGUUUGAAUCCAAUUCUCUAGUAUGCCCCAACGCUAAUGAAGACGCAUGGGUAUAUCCGGCUACAUCAGGGACUUUGGUUUGUAAGUUGCCCUAUGAAGUCUCACCGACAAAGGUAAGACUUUACAAUUCCCAAGAUUCUGAUGGCGAAAUUUCCGUAUUUCAAAUACUAACCAACCCAUCUAAUAGUAUAAUGAAUUUAACAUAUCUGGAUCCACUAAGUGGAAAACUCAAAAAUUGUGAUGAAUUUUGCCCCUUGUACAGUCGAGCCACUCUACUCUCAGCAAGUCAAAAUGUAUCUUCACCCAUGGACAUGAUUUCGUUUCUAGAUAACAAUAAUACGGAUGUAAAAUGGUCAUCCGAUUUUCAAGACUUUGCAUUUGCAAAUGAACUUCCCGUUACAUUGUUAAAAUUCACUGCCAUAAAUUCGUACGGAAAAAGCGUUGGAUUAUCGGGUUUAGAGCUUUACCAAGAUACAUUCUCAACUUACGCCAACAAUUCGUUAAAUGAAUACGGUUGCAGCGCGCUGGCUAAUGAUUCAUCAUCGUCUACAUUAUCGAGUAACAGUUGGUAUAACGGCUUGGGAGGCGAAAGUUAUAUAGCCACUGAAUAUGUUCCAAAUCAGGAUGAGCCAACACCACGUGUGAAUUUUUAUCCCAACAUUGUUCACCCAGGUCAUUAUAUAAUCAACACAUACACUCCCGGAUGUGUUCAGGAUCACACAUGCUCUUCAAGAGGAAUUGUGAACGUGACCAUGUGGAAUCCGCAAAAUAAAACAAUGAUGAAGACAUACACAAUUUAUCAAAAUAACGAUAACUUAAAAUAUGAUCAGAUCUAUUCGGGAUAUUUGGAUUUUUCACCGGAAAUCAUCCUGGAAUACGUUUCGGGAAUACAUACAAGUAACACUGCAACAGUCGUAGUAGCUGAUCAAGUCAACGUCAUUACUGUUUUAUUGGAUGCUUUCAGUACUCUUUCAGAAUCUGCCAAUACUAAGGAAUACAUUCCAUUAAAUGGUGUCCUGCAAUACCAAAAAUCAAAUUUCACUAGCACAACGUCCAACGAAACAAAAAUAGGAAACACCACCUUGAAUGUCUUCGCGGUAGAUAACUAUCCAAAUAACUCCUCUCUUUUUGCCGACACUAAUGGUGACAGAUUAAUACUUGGUGGAACAAAUAACCACAUCUCUAUUAUUGGUUUGAAUGACAACUUAGAAGUAGUUCUAAGUGAAAAGCAAAUCAUUCAGGGUGAUGUGCAUGGUAUGACACAAACUAGCCAAGGUUUGCUGAUAUUCGGAGACCUCCUUUCUUCUAAUAAUCAGUCAAGUGUUUUGCUGUUUAACGGGUCGUUUGAAAACGUUUUUAACUAUUCUAGGACGGUGAAUAGUGCUAUCAACAUAAGCCUUGCAAAUAACGACUUGAUCGUGUUUGACAACGAUUACAUAGUGAAUACAUCUUCCAGUGCACAAAUAUUGAAUUCCACCUCCUUUAGCCUGUCACUUUGGUCGGCUGGUAGUAAUGGUAACGAUGACGUUUUGUUUUCAGGGGCAGUGUCUCGAAUGCAAUUUGGUGGUUUGAAUGGAUCUGCGCGUUUCUUAAGUGAAGAUAAAGUACAGGCGCUGAAUUUAGAUAAUGCUGUCGUACCAUAUUUGGCUGCUUAUUUAAAUGAGUCAACUACAGCGUACGCAUAUGAAACAAAUCUUCUGAACAAGAUUUACUUUUCUAAUAAUGUCGAUCCUUCCUGGAAUUGGUCUACCAGUAUUACUCGCAUGUUAUACGCGAAUAAUCAAAGUUUGUUGACGGUUGGUUCGGAGUCCUCAACAACAGCGGAAUUGUCGAUAUUCAACUUGAAAAAUUUCACCAUGAUUGCCAAUGAAACAAUGGGGUCAAAUGCGAAGAUAAAUGCGUUGGUCAAUUUCGAAAAAAAUUCUAGCUUAUUAGUUGGCGGAAAUUUCCAAAUGAGCAAGCCGAAUUGCUCCGGAUUAUGUCUGUACAACUACGAAAGCAAAAGCUGGUCUACGUUCUUUAAUAAUACAUUUUUUGGUGAAAUCACUCAACUUUCCUUCUCUGCCGCUUCACAAUUAGUUAUUUCCGGUCUCUUUGACACAGAGGAAUAUCAAUCAGUACGUUUAGCAUCCUUUAACUUGACGAAUUCCACUAUGAUUCCAUUAUUGACAGGUGCGGAGGGAAAAAUAAAUUCAUUUGUCGUUACCGAAGAAUCAAUUGUGGCUUGGAAUGAUACUUCCUUACUUAUUUAUAGAGACCAAGAAUGGAAUAUUACCUCAGUGCCAGGUAACGACAGUUCUAUUGGCUCCGUUUCCACUAUCAACACAAAUGCAGGGCCAGGCACUUUGAAUAGGCGAGCAACCAACAAUGCCGAGAAUGGUACUAUUCUGCUCCUUAGUGGUAACUUUAGUAUUCCAGAUUAUGGAAACUUACAGGGUUUGCUAUUUGACUUCGAAACUUGGUCUCCCUACUUUGUCUCAGAAUCAUCCAAUACUUCCAAUCGCAAUCCAACAAUUUUUAUAAAUAGAGACGUGUCAACAGAAUUCAACUCUCAAAUCCCACUUUCAAAUUUAAAUGUGACUGAAACGGGCCCUCAAUCGGCGUCCUCCCAGUUUCCAUCUUCUUCGGCCAGCAGUGAGCUCAAACCAAAGUCAAAGAAGAGGAUAGAUCGUGGGUUUGUGGUUCUCAUUGGUCUUGCAUUAGCAUUAGGGACAGUUUCAGUCCUCGGUAUCGCGGGCGUCAUCCUUGCCUAUGUUUUCAAAGACCCAGAGGGCGACUAUAAACCCAUCAAACCACGAAUUGAUGAGAAUGAAAUGCUCGAUACCGUUCCUCCCGAAAAACUCAUGAAGUUUGUCUAA